CCUGUGGGCGCCGAUGGCCCUCCUCGCCCUUUCUUCUUGCCGCCACUGCCAGCCGCGGGGGCGGCGCGCAAUCGAAAUGCGCAUUGCAGUGCCCUGGAUCGAGCUCCAGCGCCACCGAUCGCCUGCGUCAAGACCAUCCUCUUCGAAGAACCCUAGAUGCUCUGUUUUUAGGGUUCUUGCGAUUAGGGUUUUGGGGGAAGGAAUGGCGAACCAGGGCGCGAAGAAGCGCAAGGAGGAGAACGAGAAGCACAUCCAGUGGCUGCGCAACCUCAUCCUUGUCUCAAAUGCCAUUCACAUUCUAGUGAGGAUUUUGCUCCUUCGCUCGUCCGUGUCGUGGAGGCAUUUCUUCCGGCUGCUGCUCUCCUCGGCCGCGUACAAGCUCUCGUAUUCGCAGCUCCAGAAGAUGGCCCAGCCUUCCUUUGACGAGCGCGGCGAUCUCAUCGAUGGCGGCUUUGACAUGUCCACUGGAGGACUUUGCAGCUAUCUUCACGAUAUCAUCUACAUCACGAGCUUUGUCCAGGUUUCCAGCGUUUUCUCCGAUUACUUUUGGUACCUCUACUGGGUGAUCCCACUGUUUGCUCUCUACAAGCUGUGGCAGCUCGUUUUGUACCCAUUUGUCUUCCAAAGCUCGCCACAGGACGCUGGCGAGGAUGAAAAGGCCAGAAAGAAGAAAGAGAAGAAAGCCAACAAAGUGAAAUUCUCCCGGGUUAAAACCCGGUAGUAAGGUUUUGAGUGAAGAAACCAUCAGAUAAGCGGUGAUAGAGCUUCUUCUUAUAAUUUUUCCAGACAGUCAGGGAGAUUAGCGCUUGAGUUCGCUGGAGGCCAUGAAGAUCUGGGAAGGCUAAAACUAUCAGAAGUGGUCAUUGGAUUGAAAUACCAAAUUGUUGUGAGUUGUGAUUCC